CUUAGCUACUACAGUGAUAGAGAUAGAGAGUUCGAGACUGACUGUAGAAUAUGGUGAAGUCUCAAGGAUCAGGAAUGGCUUCUAGAGCAGUUGAUCAUCCUCCACAACAAGCCAGAGUUGUAGGAGGAGGAGGUAAACCAAAGAAGAACAGCUUGGCAGAUGGGAGAAACCGAAGAGCACUAAAAGAGACUGGAAACUUGCCAAACAUUCGAGGAACUGAACCUAACCCUUGUCGCCGGAUAACAAGGAGUUAUCGUGCUCAGUUAAAGGCUCAAGCUGCAGAAGCUGCUGAUAUAAUUGACCUAGAGAGUUCAGAAGACGAGUUGAGACAAGCAGAACAGAGUAGUUUUGGUUUUGGGAAAGUAGUGCAUCAGACGGCUCAUUUUCAUGUUAUUGACUUAGAUAGCUCAGAAGAUGAGCAGAGUCAAGCUGUAAAAAGUAAGUUUGCUUCUGGGGGAGUAGCACAAUCGGCUGAACAGAUUGAUGUGAUUGAACUUGAAAGUUCAGAAGACGAGCAGAGUCCGAAAGAAAGUGUUGGUGACCACGAUCCCAAAUGUAGUGUAAGCAUGGAGGAGACUCUGCUGAUUCCACAGUCCAGUGAAGUUGAAAGUACCAUUACUACUGAAGCUUAUGAAGUUGAGAAUCUUCAAGCUCAAAAUGAGAUGACUACUAGUGUUGAACUGGAGUCCGUCACUUUGGAGCCCUUGCAUGCUGAUAGCUUGACUGAUGCUUUGACAGAGCAGGUGUGGGUUCAUGAGCAUUAUGUGUGUGAUUGCAGUGAUCAUGGAACAGGAGGAAGGACCGAGUACGUUGUGUGUGGACAUACAAUUGGGAGUGUCUCAGACAUUGCAGCUUUUGAAGAAAAGGAUCAACUGGAGAUUGGAGCUGCUGACAGCAUUGGAGAAGUAGAGGAGACUCUGCUGAUUCCACAGUCCAAUGAAGUUGAAAGUACCAUUACUACUGAAGCUUAUGAAGUUGAGAAUCUUCAAGCUCAAAAUGAGAUGACUACUCGUAUGGAACUGGAGUCUGUCACUUUGGAGCCCUUGCAUGCUGAUAGCUUGACUGAUGCUUUGACAGAGCAGGUGCGGGUUGACAAGCAUUAUGUGUGUGAUUGCAGUGAUCAUGGAACAGGAGGAAGGACUGAGUACGUUGUGUGUGGACAUAUUGGGAGUGUCUCAGACAUUGCAGCUUUUGAAGAAAAGCAGCAACUGGAGAUUGGAGCUGCUGACAGCAUUGGAGAAGUAGAGGUUGAUCUCGAAUAUGAAGAAGUUGAUCAACAAGCUGAAGCACCAGUUGACAUUAAGGAUUUGGAUAUGAAGGGUCAGCUAGAGAUUGGAGCAGUGGGGAACAUUGUAGAAGUAGAUUUGGAUCAAGAAUAUGAAAAACUGUGUGAGCAUCUUCAAGCUCAAAGUGAGAUAUCUAGUGGUGCUGAAGUGGAGUUUGUCACUUUGGGUGCCUUGCAUUGGGAUAACAUGAGUGCUUCGAAGGAGGGGGUGAGUGUUGAUGGUUAUCCUGUAUUUGAUUAUAGUGAUAACGGAACAAUGUCUGACUAUGAAGUGUUUGGAAAUACUAUGGGGAGUAUCUCUGACGUUGCAUCUUUUGAAGAAAAGGACCAGCCAGAGAUUGAAGCAGCUGAUGACAUUGGAGAAAUAGUGGUUGAUCUCAAAUAUAAAGUUGAUGAAGAGGCUGAAGCAAAAGUUGACAAUGAUGAGGCUUUGGAAGUUCAUCAGGGUCUGCCAGAAACUGAAUCCAAGGUUUCCAUGGUGAAUGUUAUAGUUCUGUCUAUAAUGAUUUCAGCAUUGAUUUCUGUCUUAAUAGGAUCCACAGCCUUCAGUUAUGUGAAGAAAGGAAGCUCAACCUUGAAUCUUGCUAUCUCUAUGUGCCAACAAUCACUGCCAAAUAAGCAAUUGAAUGCAAGUCCUGAUGUGGCAUGUAACACUGCUCACAUUUUCCAGCACAUACCCUCUUCUUGGAACUGGAUUAAAGCGCCAUGGCAUUCCAAGCUGAGCAGCUUCCAGAAGAGUUCAUCAUAUCGCUUGAUAGGACUGCAGGCAUCAACUGAAGAUGAAGUCCAGGAGAAGAGAGGAGCUACGGACUCUGUCUGUCAACAACCAUUGCUGACUAAAAAUUUGAGUGCAAGCUCUAUGCCAGCUAGCACCACGCAGAAUUUUCAUUUUGAAAUGAAGAGCUUACAGAACAGUUCAUUUUACCAAACACAAGGACUGAAUGAAUCAUAUGAAGCUGAAAGGCAGGAGAAGGGUGGCUCAGAAAGAACUUUUGAAGAGAGUCCCUGGCUCCAAUUGACUCCUCAAUGGGAUUACUCAUAUGGGAGUUUUACAACAACUGAGAAAAGCAUAAUCAAGAAUGGACAUGCAGAUGAUGAGUUAAUUUCUCCUCAAUGGGCUCGCCAUCUUUAUGGGAGUUUUACAACACAGGAGACAUACCCAAUCAAGAAUAGGCAUAGAGAUGAUGAAGAGGCUGUUACUCCUCAACCUUACCAUCUUUAUGGGAAUUUUACAACAGAUUCAAAUCAAGAAUGUGCUGCAGUGACAUGGAGGUGAAGAGGUUCUUAUUCCUGUUGGCUCAAGCAGAAUAAUCGGAAAACAAGUCACCGCACUGUGAUAAACUGAUAAUGUUUCAUAUAGUCACUUUGUUCUCUAUUGAGCUACUAGCUACGUGAUGUUUUGGUGAAGGAACCACUAUAUUUUGAGUCUUUCCGGUUGUAGUUUGGUGAUGUUAAGUUGUAACUGGUUAGUACUAAUUCAGUAGUUGAAUGACUUCG